AGUGUCCGGUCUCGCAGACUGUUAGACGGUCGUGUUAACGCGCUCGAUACUCGACAUAAUCACGAAUAUAUUUAUGUCUCGUACGUACUUACAUGUAUAGCUUGGAUUAGAUGUGCAAUGUACUGUGAAGUGACACUUUGUGCGAUUUGAUGUAUGUUUAUGAGGAAGAGUAGAGAAAGAAGCAUUCAUGAUUCAGGAAUCUCAAUCAAGCAACUCUGAAAGAUGGGGUGGAAGAGGUCCGGAGCACAACAUGGCUCUACAGCAGAUCCUCAAACUACAAGAAGCCAGAGCCCUCCACAAAACUUCUCUAUUACCAAUUUACAAGAAGAAUGGCCUACCUUCUCCUGGAGCAAGUCACAGCUACGAACAAGUCAGAGAUAAGAGGGAUUAUGAUCCUAGAGCUCUUGACCAGUUGAAGUUGGAAGCUGAGUUCCGUAGGCUCAUGGAACAUUCUGGCAAAGACGCCAAAAAUGAAGACUCUUUAAAAUAUUUUCAACACAUGAUGGAAGCGAAACAGCACUUUGAUUACAUAAAGAGCAUUCAAGACAAAGAAAUGAGAAAGGAUUCCAGGAAUAACGAUAAUUUAGAAGUGAAAAAGGAAUCGACAUCACCCGCUGCUAACCGGUCAUCACCUAUACACAGUCAUUCGCCGCUUCACAGAGCAUCUUCUGCUGAAGGCUCGCCUAACCACAGUGUCCGCUUAUCAACCUCGUCCAGUCCUCUUUCUACUACUAGUCCAGUCAACUCAUCUCCUUUAAGUCAUCUCCAAAACAUGCAACCUUUCGAUUUUCGUAAACAUAAAAUCAGUGAAUAUAACGAAAAAGAAGAGACAAGGAAACCAAACUACGAUAUCAGCUCAGCAGAAAAGGCGAUAGAUUUGAUGAGAAGUCAAUUUCUGAACUUUCCGUUACCACCUAACUUACAAAUUCCACCAACAUUUAGCCACUCUGCAGCUAUGGUUGCUGCUCUCAGUCAAAAUCCAAUGGGACUCGCCUCGCUACAAGCUCUCCUUCCUCAAAUGUCCGCCAAACCAGUGGAAAAUAAUGAAAGCAAACCUAACAAUUUAAAUGAAAAACCAAAAUCAGACGAACGACGCACUGACGAGGAAAACAUCCUUAAUUUGAGUAAAGAUGCUUAUGUCGACGUAGCACAAAGUACUAGAAACAUGAUGCUAGGCAAAUGCAUUAGCCCACCAAAGAGGCAAUGGGGCGCAUCUCAAUUGCCCUUGAAUUUAGGCACACAUUUCAUCAAUCCAGUUACUGGAAAGAAGAGAGUUCAGUGUAACGUUUGUUUAAAGACAUUUUGCGACAAAGGAGCUCUAAAGAUUCAUUUUUCGGCUGUACAUCUUAGAGAAAUGCAUAAGUGCACAGUUGAAGGAUGUAGUAUGAUGUUUAGUUCCAGAAGGUCAAGAAACAGGCAUAGUGCAAAUCCAAAUCCAAAACUGCACUCACCUCACUUAAGGAGAAAAAUUUCUCCACAUGAUGGUAGGAGUUCUCAGAUUCAUCCAGUUCUCAUAUCACCACACGGGGCUGGUCUAGGUAUGCCGCCUGUUAUGAGUUCUAUGCAUCCAUUUGGCCCGUAUCCUCUAAUGAACGCGCCGCAUAAUUUGAGCCAGUUUCCACAUAACGUUCAUCUAGACUAUAAAAAUAGUAUGAACUUCUCACCUACAAUUGAUCAAACGCAUAUGCGACGUGAAUCUGACUCGGUUGAAAAAGAUCAAGAUGGCCAGGGGGAUUCUGAUGAAGAUGAUGGUAUCGUCGUGGUCGCAGGAGAUGACGAUGACGACGAAGGUGAUCACAUGGAAACUAGUGAUUAUUACUCCAACCUCAAUAAGUCAAUUGGCUCAGUAGAUUCUGAAAACGAAUACGAUCAAAGAAGUGUCAGCGACAACGAUAAUGGAGAUAGUAGGAAAGAUGAAACUGCUAACUCAGAAAGUAUAAAAAGAAAACGCAAGAAUUUAAACCCGACUCGUAUACACAAUAAUAUCGCAAUGGAUACACACAAAGCCGAUCAAAUUAUGAACGACAAGGAGCAUAACGAGGAAGAAGCUCUAGAUUUAAAAAGAGUGAAAACUGAAGAACCUGAUGCUCAUCACAAAAGACAUACUGAAUCAAAAGAGACAGAAGAGCAAUUAAAAAUUAAACAAGAGUAUUCAUCACUCAAAGACGAACCUAGUGAAUCAAACUAUAACAAUGCACAAGAUUUACGUGUAAAAGAGGAAGCUAUAGAAAAAAUAGACUGCAAAGCGUCUGAUAACAUUCCGUCUAACGAUGAAUUUUCUUCUGAAAAUGCUCUGAAACGAUUAGAGAGUCUUUCAAAAGGUGACUUCCCAAACAUGUUAAAAAGAGCAGAUGCAUACAGUUCCUUGCCCUUUAACUUAUCAGUGAACGAAACGAUGGAAUAUGCAGAUAGAUCACCUUCUUCAUCAGUAUCCAGUUACGAUUACAACACAGAAGAAGCCCAUGGACAGAUUUUUGGUCACUUCGAAAAUGGAUUCUUCAUAAGUACCACAGAUGUUCCAGUAGACCACGAAAACCCGGGCAAAUGUACAGUUUGCGGAAAGUUGUUCCAAAAUAUUUACGUCUUAAAAACACAUUACCAAAACGCACAUUUGAAACUCAUGUACAGAUGUACUACUGAAGGUUGCAGGGCCGCAUUUCCCUCAAAGAGAAGUAGAGACCGGCACAGCGCAAAUACAAACUUGCACAGAAAAAUAUUAGAAGAUUUGCGAGUACGAGAUGAAUCACCAACAAGAAUUAUAGAGAAGGCACGUGAGCAAACAGAUUUGAUGGCAAGAUUUAGCGACGACGAACGAGCAAUACCAUACAUAGAGUCACAUAAAUACUAUCGUGCAAAAGAAAGUGAUAAACUAAAAAGUCACAUUAGUCAGAUUCCUUUUGGAACUCCUUACGCACCUCUACAGUUACCUGAAGCAUAUCUAAAUAAUCGUGAUAUGUUCGCUCAGCACCCAUUUCUUUUUACGCCUUUUGGUAUGUUACCCAACUUCCCUCCCAUUCCUUUGGGUUUUCUUCCGCCGGGGUUGAACGCUUUUGGCUGUCAAAAUACAAACUUUUCUCCUCCGCUACCUAGAAAACUGAGUUACUGCAUAGAAGACGAAGCGCCGCGACCGAAUAAAGAUGGCACAUAUCCAUGUCGGGCUUGCAGGGAGAGUUUCAAAGAUCUGGCCAGUCUAAAGCAUCACUGUGAAACAGUCCACGUACAAUCAUUACAUCGCUGUUCCAUGAGCGGUUGCAAUGCUGCGUUCUUUUCAAGGACUAAGCGUAACAUUCACUACGAGGCCCAUGUUACUCGAAGACAGAACGGCAGAAGUCUCCACGUCAGUCCAACGUGACCUUAUUAAAGUGCUUGCAUCAAUGAAUCUUCAGUGCAUUUGUGAUGUCAUUUAGAAUUACCAAAUAGAUUAAAUUUAGUGUUUAAAAUGUACAAGUCAGUACCUUCAAUUCUCGUAGAAUCGUGAGUGGUAUGUAAUAAUUUCAAUGUUUAAUAUCUGUACAUAUUUAGCGGCUGAGCCGUUUCUCCGUUUGGCUAUGUGUAUAUAACUUUACUGUACGUUUCAAUUAUAUAGUAGGUAGUAUUUGUAAAAUCAACAUUCCAUAGUAAUAAUUGUGCAAUAAAUAUGUAAAUAAAUAAUGUUAGAUGUGUAAUGUAUGUACAAAACUAAUGUUAUAUGCCUAAUGGUUAGAUAACAUUGAUUUAAUAAUGUGACGGACAAAUUAAACCUACACCAACUCGGUAAAAUACUCUGGAGGACGUAACUCAGUUUUUGAAAGUGACCUGUCAAUUUAUUACAUCAAUGACAAAAUCAUAUCUUGCUAUUUUGGUGCUAAUAUACUUCAAAAUUAUUUCAAUAAUUAUCUCUUCAAUGUAUUCUAAUUAAUUAAAUAAUGUAAAUUUAAUAAGUUUGUGAGAUUACUGUGAAUAUAUUAAAUGUAUAAGAACCAAAAAGUAUUAAAACUUAAGGUUGUAUUUAGGGUCACACCCAACUAUUCAGCUAGUACGUAUCAGCACUGCACCUAUUACUAAGAAACAUUAUCGGUUUUAUUACCGAUUCAUCAACGAUUAUUGAAACACAAAAAGUACUUUUUAAUUAUUUAACAGUGGCAAAUUGGUAGAAGAAGCUUUAUUUGCUAGC